UCAGCUGUGUGAGGAUCAGUUGUAAGAGAGAAGGGCAUGGCUGCGAGAGGGGGGAAAACAUUUGUGGAGGAGAUGAGGAGCAUAGCAAUGAAGUUUCAUGUUGGGGAGUUCAUGGAUGGCAAAUGGGAGCCAACGCUUGAAGGGUAUCUCCAAUCUCUGGUGGACAGCCAAAUCGUCUUCGCCACUCUUGAAAACAUUGUCUUGGAGGCUAAACACCUCGCAUAUGUGGAGCUCCGGAACACGGGGCUGGAAAGGAAGGAGAAGAUAGAGAAGGACGUGAUCUGGUUCCAGGAGCAAGGCUACCCCAUCCCUACACCGUCGCCCUCUGGAAUCGCCUACUCUUCGUAUCUGGAAGGAAUUUCGAUGGGAGAUCCCGCUGCUUUCGUUUGUCACUUCUACAACAUAUAUUUUGCGCACACUGCAGGCGGCCGCAUAAUUGGAAAGAAGGUUUCUAAUAAAUUAUUGAAGAAUCAUGAACUGAAUUUCUACAAGUGGGACGGGGAACUCGGCCAACUGAUGCAGAACGCCAGGGAGAGGCUCAACCAAAUUGCUCAAAACUGGUCCACAGAAGAAAGAAGACAUUGUUUGGAAGAGACCAAGACAUCAUUCCACUACUCACUUCAGAUAUUAAAUUCAAUAUGGCGCUAAGUAUCACGCAAUACCGGAGGCAGAAGCUUUUUACUGAAGGGCAUAAUACGUAAUAACUCAAAUUUAAACCUUCCAAAAAGUUUUGACCCUUCGAAUACAUAUUAAAAUGCUAUGAAGCACCAAUAUGUAAUAAACCAAUUUAUGUUGGUCCGUGUGGGUAACUGCCCUCAGUAGCCCACAUGUGGCGUGCCCACUGGUAUUGUGUGCUCGUACUGGUGUUAAAUACAAGGUUUCCUCCAAGCAUCUGGAACUGAUGGUGUUGAUGGUAUAGUGUGAACUCAUAAAUAAAGUACAUUUUUGUUGU